AGUGGAUCUCGGUGUCCAUUUGUGUCGCCAGUGCGUUGCAGCUUUAACCGGUCCAUCAUGCCUUGCGGUGUCCCAGUUCAGUUCCGAUGCAAUUUACAACAAGCUCUGUGGUCCUCCCUCACAGAAGAUCAGAGCAGCAGGCUAACGGACAGAGCGGCAGAUGUUGAGAGACCCAUGUCGGAUGUCCAAUGACCGGAUGGACGCAUGUUUACAUGCACGGGUUUUAAAGGCGAGGAUGUGCGCACAGAUCUGAUGCUGGCGCGGAGCAGCGCGGAGCAGCGCGGAUAAACAGAAUCUCCCGCAUGCAACCCGCAUAACAUGCAACGGAAAGUACCGGAUUUGAACCCCGAGAGAAAUACUAAGGCUAUCGCACAACAGAGUUUCAAAUGCCCUGACACACAGUGAUCUACUGCUGAAAACAGGAUGGACAGUUUGUGGUGUGGAGGAAUGAGGGCCUCUGGAUGAAGGCCAUGGAGCUGAAAGUGUGGGUGGAUGGAGUGCAGCGCAUCGUGUGCGGGGUCACAGAGUUCACAACAUGCCAGGAAGUAGUCAUUGCUUUGGCACAAGCCAUCGGACGCACCGGCAGGUAUACUUUGAUCGAAAAAUGGCGUGAGACAGAACGUCACCUGGCUCCACAGGAAAACCCCGUAGUGUCCCUUAACAAGUGGGGCCAGUAUGCCAGCGAUGUCCAGCUCAUCCUCCAGCGAACGGGCCCGUCUGUUAGCGAGCGGCCCACUUUUGACGUGCGGGCUCGCGUCCCAGAGCGUGGCUUCUACCGGCAGAGUCUGCCACCUCUGGCCAAGCUCCGCCCCUCAGGGACAGACCGCUCACUUAAACGAAGGGAACCCAAACGCAAGUCUCUGACCUUCACUGGAGGGGCUAAGGGUCUGCGGGAAAUAUUUGGGAAAAGCAGAGAUGCAGAAGCCAAACAGCCCCAGCAGCGAGGUGUGAGUUUGAACCUGAGCAGGGUUGGAGGUGGUGGAGUGACUUCUUUACCUGGAAGUCCAGCCAGAGAGUUGAGCAAGCUGGUGCAGCUGCAGAGAGACAAUCUCCAGGCCCUGGAGAGCCGUCUGCUGGGCUGCGAGGCCGAGCUGCGAGACUGGGACGAGGCCACUGGCAUGGCUGAUGAAGGAGAAAACUUGGAAGGGGAGCUGCUGCUUUUAGAGCAGCAGGUGAGGAGGAACGAUGCAGAGAUGGAGGAGGAGGAAUUCUGGCAGAACGAGCUGCAGAUCGAACACGAGAGCGAGCGUCAACUGCGGCAACAGCUAGUGAAGCUGCAGGGCUGCGUACGCGACUGCGAGGCCAAGCUUUCAGAAUACCUGGCUCACAUACAGAGCAUGGAGGGAGGCCUGGAGCAGGAACGGAUGCAGCAGGAAGCCGAGCUCAACCAGAGGGUCAAUGAGGAGGAGGUGCAAGACCAGCUGGAGAAACUGAGAGCCGAGCUUGAAAUGCAGAGCCAACACACAGCGCGGCUAGAGAGCAGCUGCAGGACGUUGGAACGCUCGCUAGGCCAGUCCAGCCUGAGAUUACAGGAGAAGGAGCAGGAGCUGGAGCAGCUGACAAAAGAGCUACGGCAGGUCAACCUGCAGCAGUUCAUUCAGCAGACUGGUACCAAGGUCACCGUGCUGCCUGCUCAACCUACAGGAGAAAACAACAACGAUGUGGACUCUGGCUCUCUGAAACGACUUGGCUCUUCUCGACUCUUACCCAGCAACCUUCGCACUCUUCAAAGCACCAUGUCCUCCAGCCUCAACCCUGAAGGCAUCUACGUUUGACCCCUUAAACUGUGCGGGAGACAUUAUUUCAACAGCAGGGUCGGCCUGAUGUUACUCGGGCUGUUCAUACUGGAAGGCCUCAAUACUUGACUCCCCAAACUGCUGAAAUGCUCUUGAGCAAGGCACUGAAAGAAAGUGCGGAGGAUGUUGGCAAAGCCAUCACUGGGAGGAUUAGUGGGAUAUCACAAAGAACCAGUUCUUGCAUCUGUUUUGCAUCUUUCCUGCUCUGCCUCCUGUUUAUUCAGGGCUGGGACUCACACUGAUGUCAAUAUCCAUUUGCAAACUAACAUUUAAUCUGUUAGUAGUCCAAUGGGUGAGCAGUCUACUAAAAUUCUUAAUUUCUCAGAAUAAAAACAAACAAACGUCAAGCCAGCAGAUGUAUUGCUGUUGGGGUAGAAUAGUUUAGAUAAACUUUAUUUUUAUGUUGUAGGUCAUAAACUGGAGGAUGCAAAGUUUGGAUGCAUCGGACAUGUAAAAAAUAAUCUCUGCACGAGCAUGCACAAACUGACACCAUACCUGUGCUAUUAACAUAGCCAUAUCUGAUUGCCUUACUCUGGUGUUUUAAAACCAGACGUCAAUAAUGUUCAAACCGAACUCAAGGUAGCUACUGAACUAUGCGCCAUAUGAAUUUGAACAUACAUACAUACAUACAUGCAUACAUGCAUACAUAUAUACAUACUUGGCAUCAAUUCAGGUGACAGUCUAGGCUACUGAUGUCAAUUUAACUCAGAGUUAGUGGCUCAAUCCUUUACUUUCACGUAAGUUAGAAUCUUAUUUUAUUGUUAGUAAAUAGUUAUUUAUAACCCUGGAAUACAGUUGCUUCAUAUUUCAUGUUUGACAAAAAAUUCCUUUCAUAUAUUGUAUAUAAAAAAGCGGGAAAAAUAGGAGGUCUAACCUCAUCAACUAUUGGACAUUUUUGGUGAAAUAGUUUGGCUCUAGGUUAAUGUCUGGUGCAGAGCCAUUAAUCUCAUCUUUGUUUCAGUUGAUCACUUUCUCCAAAAGCUCUGAAAUGUGACAGGAGUGAUGAGUGAUGACAGAGGCCUUUGUGCCUGCAGUGUAACUCCAUCUUGGAAACACAUUGAGCCCCAUCUGACCACCGGGUGGCGACAAAUCAUAUAUUAUUCAGAUGGGUGAACGUUAACUGUUAAAGCUACUCCAGAUCUGGUGUUAUCUGUCUUUUUUCACUUUCAUGGGUCAAACAUGACUGUGUUUACUGUUUUUGUUACAAAGCCUCAGCACUUUCAGUGCCACUUAGAUCAUUUGACGUGUUUCACUGUGUUCAUCAAGCAGGGACACACUUCUAAAAACAAUAUUACCAUUUGAUUUUUUUAAUGAUACUAAAGAUGUCUCAUAUGAACCAAAGCUAGUGUGAAAAACUAUACUAUUUAGAUGAAUGUACUUUUUUAUAUACUGUACAUGCAACUUAUGCCCGUGAAGUAUACCAAUUUGAGUCAAAUAGUAGACGUGUUUUUAGUUUUAAUGGUUUGCUGUUAUUCCAAUUCCAAAAAAGUCUGGUUGUAGUUGAUUUCUCGCCGGGUUUCUGGGAUAAAACUAAUCCCAGAAAUAAGGGGCAAUACGCUUUUGAACUUGAAAUAAUUUCUUGAAGUCUGUGGUAGUAUGUGAAACCUGUGAAAAAUGUUUGACUUUGUAGAAAAGACUUGCAGUUGUGAGAAUGUCUAAAUAAUAUGUUUGUAAAAAUUAUAAAUCAUUACUACAUGCACACAAAUGCAUUUUAGGCUGCAAGAACGGGACUAAAACUUGUAACUUAAAUGUAUGCAUGCAUGUGUAAUGUAACACAGUUGCACACAGUGUGGGAAUUUGGAGCUUCACACACUUUUCUGAUUUGAACCUGUACCCAAACGCAAUUCUCUUGUUUAAGAGUUUGUGCAACUUCAUCUUUCAAUGGAGAAAAGUAAUUAAGUACAUGUACUCAUGUAUUGUUCUUACAUGCAAAAUAAUAACAAACAUUAUAAUGUAUUAUUAUAGAUUAAGCUACACAGCAUUAUAUGAAGUCAUAAAAAUUUGCUCCACGUUUAUCAGCUGCAACGUUAAAGUGAUAUAUAUUAGAUCUAUAUGGGUAUAUAGAUUCAUGCAUUAGUAUUUAUAUUCCAUUUAGUUACGCAGUAUGCUGAAAUGGGCCAUAUAGGGAGCACUUUUACAUUGGUACAUCAGUAUAUUUUGAUGCUUACUCUUACUGUACUUUGGCAAUACUGUGGUCAUUCAGUAGUAAUGGGUACUUCAACCAUCCAUUCAUUCUGGUAUUUUUCAACAUCUACAAAUCUUUUUGCUACCCUUUUACAAAUUGUAAUUUUUACAUUCAGUUUUUUUCACAGGUUUAAAGAACCACAGGCUUUGAAAUCAUUUCACAAGCUUAAUAUGUUAUUGACCCACGUUCAAGCCCCUACGAAGCAGCUCGUAUUUGUGCUGCGAGCGUAUGAUAACAAAGUGAAUUCCUCCCUCCGGUGUGAAGGAUCUUCGUUGUGUGGUCUGCUUUGCAAAUGUAACUGCUUGAAUUUACAUCACAACUUGGCAAACUAUUCUCAGAAGUUGUUCAGUGACAGAAGUUGUUUUUUCCCUCCCUCAGUAUGCAGUAUUAUCGUCAUGGCAACAACUUCAGCUGUGGCACAGACUGUAACCCGCUAAUAGAAAAAAAAUCAUAGCUCUCGUUGACUAAAAGUCUUGAAUAAUGGCA